UCUGAUUGGUUGAGGGAUUCGGACAGUGUUGUCACACCUAGGACGGAGCCUGCAGUCUCUUCCUGGCACUGGAGGACCCGGCUCUUCUUCUCCGGUGACAGAGGUCAGAGUUCACCAGAGACUCUCACAAUGGCUACCGAGCUCCUGCUCAACGACCUGGACACCAAGUUCUGCGCGGAUAACCUGCUGACCAACGAGGAUUGGGACACAGGCCUAUACAGUUAUGGAGAUGUGUCGGAUGACUAUGGGGAGCUGUUUCAGUCCGGGUUUAAUUCCUUCUUGUAUGACAGCCAGAUGGAUGUGGAGUCAUGUUCUGUGUCCUCCUCUCUGGAUGAGAACCACAGUGUGAACUUGUCAGAUCUCUUGGUAAAGGCAGAACCACAGUCUCCCUUUUCUUCAUCAUCAUGUGACUCCUCAUCCUCCUGCGAUGGCCUAUACACACCAUCCUUAGGAGGGGUCGGGACCACUGUAAAAGUAGAGCUGCCACCAUCACCACCAUGUCCAACCCUGGAGGCACCUGCCACCCCCUGCGGCACAUUGCAAAUAACUCUCCUCCCCGUGUCCCCAACCACAGCUACGGCCGGAUGUCUCCCUAAAUCCAACAGUUUCCUGUCCAAGAAACCAGCAUUACAACCCAGACCUGCUCCAGGGACCAAACCGGCCCCUGCCUCAAACUCCACACCCCACGCCAUCAUCCUGCACCCGGUGACCAGCUCCCCUCCAGCAAAACCAACUCUCACAGCAGCCUCUCCGCCUGUGUUGGUGCCUCAGCUCCUGACAGUACAAAAUGGAGCGACUACAACAUCCCCUAUUAAGUCUGAAGCCAAGACCAUUGUGCCUGCCCCGAGCACUGGCAAAAGCAGCCCCACUGAGGUGGACCCUAAGUUCCUAAAGAGACAACAGCGCAUGAUCAAGAACAGAGAGUCAGCGUGCCAGUCUCGGAGGAAGAAGAAGGAAUAUGUUCAGGGGCUGGAGGCCAGACUGCAUGAGACGGAGAGACAGCUGGAGAACGCUCGAAGGGAGAACCGAGAACUACGGGAGACAGUACAGCAUCUAAUGAGAGAGAACUCCACGCUGCGCGGCACCUCUGGGAACCGAAAAGUAGUAUGUGUGAUGGUCGUACUUCUCUUCCUUGCAUUUAACUUUGGGCCAACAAGUCUCAUACACAGUGUACAGGAGGAGUCUGUGAAAAGUCCAGAAAUAUCCAGCAGUGUUCGGCACUUAUUGUCUUACAAAACUGAAGACGAGCCAUCAAAGCUGCCACGACCGAAACUCUACGUGCCCCGACCGACUAAACCGAAGAGCACUUACAGUAACUCUAGCAGGUCUCUGGCAAAUGUGGAGCAUCUGAUGGUUCAUGACUUGGAUCAGCUUUUCCUGGCAUCUGACUGCAGACACUUUAAUCGCACGGAGUCCCUCCGAUUAGCUGACGAGCUCAGCUUGUGGAUUCGUCGACAUCAAAAUGAAAGGAAGACAGGAAAACAUCCUUUAAAAAAGCAGAGGAAAAAGAGGAAUCCUCAGGUACGAAGCAACGUGGGUUUAUCAGACCUGAUCCCAGCUCAGCUGUCCAGAAUCCAAUCACACAGGAUAUCGAAUACUCCUCUGCAGCUGUAUGGUCCUCAGGAGCACAAUGAUAAUUUUCUGAUGGAUGCCAUUGAGAGACGUGAAGACACCUUCUAUGUGGUCUCAUUCCGGAGGGAUCACCUUCUGCUUCCAGCUAUAAGUCAUAAUAAGACAACUCGUCCUAAAAUGUCUCUAGUGAUGCCAGCCUUGCCUGUGAAUGACAGCGUGUACAACAACUCCCAAGGCUAUGAGACCAUGAUGCAGAUAGACUGUGAGGUUAUGGACACCAGGGUCAUCCAGAUAAAGUCCUCUACAGUCCCUCCUUCUCUGCGCACACCUCACAGUCCUCCUCCACAGCAGGGGACUUCACGCGGGAACCUUUCACUUUAUUUACAGGACCAAACGUCACCGAAUGAUGGGCAGAACUGAGCUUGGGGGGGCAGAAUUAAGCUUAAAAGGGCAGAACACAAGCGCUUAACACUUUUUUACAGAAACAUGGAAAUGUAAAUAUAAUUAUAUGUAUAUAAGAGGAUCUAGCCAUGUGUGAGAGUGAUUGAGAGGUUUUCUUACAUCUGCAAGACUGUGUAGCUUUGGGAUAGCUUUUCUAGCGGAAAAGUGCCAGGGGCAAAAAUACAUAAUGCAGCUUUUUUUUUUCUUACUAGGCUGUAGCUGUAUCAGGACGCUGCCUUUGUAAAUUGGAUUCGAGGGAACACUAGACAGUUGUGAGUGUGUAAAUAAGAAAAUAUAUUAUGCUUAUUUAGUGAGAUGCUACAAAGAGCAGUGUUGUGCUCUGGAUUGAAAUUGCGAUGAUGUAUGGGCAGGCUGCUUAUACAGAUUGUCUUCUGUACAAACAGCCUGUUGGAUUUUCCCUGCUCCAUCACGGCACUGGGUAUAGUCCGCAGCACUGAUCAGUGUAUUCUGAUGGCGGGGAUGUCUCCAGAAUACAAUAGAUUGGUAGUGAGGAUUCCUCCAUCCAUAUUGAGUGUGAUGAUGAAACCCUCACCCGUAUUACCAGUACCAGCCUAUCAUUACAGCAUUCCAUAAAAAGUCUGAUUAGUUGGUCUGGGAGACAGAACAUUGCUUUUUGUCGUUUUAAAAGCUAUACAGGCUUGUUUAUCAAAGCAGUAAUCAAUAGCAGCCAAUUGUCUUUCAAUAUUGUUGGUUCAGCUUGGUGAAAACUGGUUGCCAUAAGUUAUUACGCUAUAACUUUUAACACAGUUCUCUCUGUGCUGCCUUAUUAGAUAAGACUGUCUGUGUGAAUGUAUGUAGCGGCGGGUGAUAUCAAAAAUUGGACUGUGGCUAUAAUACGAGACGUAAUCUUGUAUAAUCCCCUAUUAAAUUACAGACAUCCGGUUUGUAGAAGGCUUGCGUACCCCAGUAUUAAAUGAUAUCCUAACAAAAAUGUCAAAUUUUUCAGUUCAUCAGUCUGUAGAUCCGGUGGCUGCAUUCGUUUUCAUUUUGUAGGCUAAAAGAAAAUUUUCUGCAUAUACAGAAAAUACCUGUUAAUCUUGCCAGAAAUCCAAAGUUUUUGUAAUUUCCUAUGUAAUAAAUUAAUAUUUCAAACAAGCUAUUUUUGAAAAACUAUUACCCCUGCCCCAUGUAAUGCUGAUGAGAGCCCUCUCCCAGGUUUGACUACCAUUACUUUCUUAGUGGAUAAAGUGGAGUGAGAGAGUAUAGCCAUCCUAUCACAGGAAGGGUGUCACUGGCAGGAUCACCAGGUAAAAAUAGAAAAAACAAAAACCUGAAUAAAGUAAAUGAAUGCAGCCACUAUAUCUAAGAACUGGUAAACUGCAAUAUAUUACAUUUUUUGUUCCUGAAUUAAGAAGACUCUUUAAGCCUAGGCUCACGUGGAUUGCAGUGUGGAAAGCGCCGUGAUCUGUGCACGUCUUCCGCACCGCAUUCCAGUCGCACUGCCCGUGCAAUCUUCUGCAGGUGUCGAUACAAAGUUAACAACACCUAAAAUGCAGGACGCAAAUGCAGUGCAUUUGCCGGCACCUGAUCACAUGGUAAUAAAUGACUGUGCCAUCUAGUUGCAGCGUGGCUCCAAAAAAGGUGCAUGCACGUCUUUGGUUUGAUGCAGGGCAAUUUGAGCCCAUUCAAAAUGAAUGUACUCAAAUCUCACCAAACUGAAUCGCAUGUGAAUUGCACAGGAAUGCAGUGCAGUUCCUGUGUGAUUCAUGUGCGGUUCAUAGUGUGAAUCAAGGUAUAAUGUGAAAAAAUAAAUAGUCAAGAACAUGCCCCAGACUGAAUGGUGCAAUUCUGUUUCCAUGACCAGGUACAAAUAAAGGAAAAACGCCUGUAAAUAAAAUGAUUGCAGCCCCCACAUCUGAGGGGCUGGUAAGCUGCAACAUAUUAUAAUUUUGGGUUUGGUUACGCUUUAAAGUGGGCUCUCUAGCAUUAAAGAAGGAAACUCCAACAGUGGAAGUAUAAUGACUAGCAGCAGGCACUGCAUCCUUAGUUGGGAGGUGGAUCCAGCAAAGCGUCCAUGAGUAUUGACACCUACAUUACAUAGUUGUAUAAUCAACUAUACUGAAAAUGUUGUGUGAAUAAAAAUCAUCCUCUAGUAGCCGAGGUCUAGAGAAAGACA